UAUAUUUUUAUUAGCAGUUUGUUACACCGAAGAUUUGAAAAAAUACGGUUUUGAAAAAGUUCUUAAACCAUUUAAUGAUGAUCUCAAGUAUCUUACAUCUGACAGUGGUGUUAAAGUGCUACUGAAGAAUGGGAGUACAUAUACGCUACGUGCAAACCUUAUUAGUGUAAUAGGAGAUAAUCUCGCAGUACACGAAAUUUUAGGCUUUACAAGUCCUUCUUCUAAUAUGUUUUGCAGAGAGUGUUUAAUAGACAGAGCUAGUUUUCAAAAAGAUUAUAACAAAAUAUUUCCCUUAAGAACUUUUAAAAACUACAAUGAGCAAAUUAAACUAAUAAAAGAAAACUUGUUAAACAUAAAAAAAUUUGGGGUUAAAGAAGAUUCUACAUUGAACAAUGAAUAUUUUCACUGUACGGAUAAUCAUAACUUUGAUCCUAUGCACGACUUGUUGGAGGGUAUAGUCCCUAUGGAAAUAAAAUUGGUUUUACACAAGUUGAUAGUUCAAAAAAAAUUAUUAACAAUUCAAACACUAAAUAGUCGAAUUCAAUCAUUUCGUUAUGGAUUUGUUGAACGCAAAAAUAAACCCAGUGCAAAUUUCACACAGUUAAUGCUCAAUUCAAAAGCAAACAAAAUCAAACAAUCAGCUGUUCAAACUUGGUUAUUGUUGAGAUCGUUACCCUUUCUAAUAUCUGAUAUAGUACCUUCAAGUGAAGAGGAGUAUAUAACUAUUUUAGUUCAAUUAAUUAAAAUGUUGGAAAUUAUUUAUUGCGACAAUAUAAACUCACAUUUGAUUUGUGAAUUAGAUGAAAUUAUCCAUCUUCAUCAUGAUUUAUUUUUAAAACUUUUCCCUAAUAAAAAAAUGAUUAACAAACACCAUUAUAUUAUGCACUACCCACAAUGUAUGAUAAAAAAAGGACCUUUAAAUACUUCGUCUUGUCUUAGAUAUGAAAGCAAACAUAGUUUAUUGAAACAUCAAAUUAUUGUAGCUAAAAAUUUCAAAAAUGUACCAAAAAGUGUAGCAAAACGACAAGCUUUAUGUCAAAGUUCAUAUAUAGCAAAUUGCUUUUUUAAUGUGAACAAAACGUAUGUAAAUUCAUAUAAAUACGUCGAAAAAACUGCUACUAAAAGUCUUAAUUUUAUUCAAAAAUACUUUCCUAAUACUAAUAAAAUAAAGGUAAUUUCAUCGCUAUCAUACAAAAAUAUUGAAUACAGAGCUAAUUUAAUAAUAACUCUUGGCGACAGAUUUUCUUUUGAGGAAAGCAUUUUCCCUUGUUUUGCAGAAAUAACUGAAAUUUUUGAAUCUGGUGAAAAGAUAUUAUUUAAUUGUAAAAUCUUUAAAAUAAAAAAUUUUUGUGAACAUCUCAAUGCUUUUGAAGUAUGCCAUUCCGUAAAAGAUAAUAAUAUAGUUUUACAGUUGAAUGAAAUAGCAGACUAUAGGCCAAAUGUUGUAUGGUACGCAUAUGGGAAAAAAGAAAAGUUUGUGGCUAUUAAAUAUAGAAAAUUGCUUUAAUAUAAAAUUAAAUAAAAUAUGUAAAUGUAAUAUGUAAAUAGGAUUUAGUAUUAGUAUUAAAAUUAGUUUUACCAUGAUUUGCGGUGGCAGAUGAAGGUGUUGAUGAAACAAUGGCAAACGAAAUAAACGAACAAGAUUUAAUCGCUUUACAAAUAAAACUUGGACCGAGAAAAAAACUUUUGCAAAUCUUGCAGGAAUUUAAAAAAGAUGUUAUGGAAAACAAUAGUCUAAUAACAUUUGUAAACCAGACUACAUACUGCAAUGAAACGGAAACUGAAAUUUCGGAUACAACAUCAAUAUUGCUAACACAACAAUAUAAUCAAAACCGAAAUUUGACUGCUAUAUUACAAGAGGAUAAAAAUGGAAAAUAUAUUGCGAACAAACUCUUAAAUAAAGAAAAUCUUUCAGUAAAGGAGCUGAACACAUUUAAUCGUAUAUUAGUUGAUGAUUUGAUAAACGUUUGCGGAAAUUAUCCCAAAACAGAAGAUAAAACAAACCUAGCUCGGGCUAUAGUUUCUAGUUAUCCACAAUUAGGGCAAUAUACUUGUCCAGAUAUACCUGCCCAUGCUCUUUGGUUCGACCCGAAAGGAUCUCCUAAAGGAAAAAAGGCAUCUGGAAAAAUUGAAUUUCGCUUGCAACAUGUUAGACUCACGUUGUCGCCUUCAAAAAAAAAAAAUGAAUUCUCAGCAAAGAGACAAAAAGAAAAUAUCAAACCAAAUAAAGACCCGAACAUUAAUGCUAACUUGAUUGCAGAAUUGAAGACAUUGAUUCCGACAGAACAAAAUUUCAAUCGCAUAAAAUAUUUAAUGAACGAGACAUUUGAAAAUCGUAGAUUUGAAAUUGGACAUUUAAAAAUAUUGGAUACUUACCCAAUAUUUCUUGCCUACAAGGGCGCAAUUAUUGAAAAUGAGUUUGAGCUUUUAAAAAAUAACAGAUCUACUAUUCAAGAAUUGGAAAAUUUUAACUUGGAACCGUUUUAUAGGAAGGAAACAGAAUUUCUUCAAUGUGAAAACUUAAGAAAAAUAUUUACACUUUUGAAAAUGCUGCCAAGCAGAAAUUUGAAAAAAGCUAAUGCUUUGAUUGCGAGUAAUUUAGAUGAUUGGGAAAAACUUGUUGCAGAGGAAGAUUUAAAACCUCUUGUUCAAUGGAUUGAUGUGAGAUAUAAAAGCUGUCUUGUUAUUUUUUAGAUUUUUGUAUUUUUUUUUUAAAUUUAAAUAACAUAUUUGUUUUCAGAUUAAUGCCAAUAUAGAAAAUAUUUUAGAUAGCGAGAAUAAGCAACCGUUUCUCGUUUGUAGAUGUACUGAAAAAUUUUCACGCCUCACUGAAAACAUUUAUUUAGUAAUUGACGGAAAAAUUAUGGAAUGCGC